CCGCGCGGACCUGCCCUCCCGACACCUCCCGCUACCCGCGACCCCCGCCCGGCCGCUCGCCCGCUGCCCGCCGGCCGCACACGUCCCCGGAGCCGGGCCUAGGGCGGGCGGCAGCGGCGGCUUGGCACGGUCAGGCUGGGCUCUGUGGCGUCCCCAUGGCCGCGGCCGGCUGGCGGGACGGCUCCGGCCAGGAGAAGUACCGGCUCGUGGUGGUCGGCGGUGGCGGCGUGGGGAAGUCGGCGCUCACCAUCCAGUUCAUCCAGUCCUAUUUUGUAACAGAUUAUGAUCCAACCAUUGAAGAUUCUUACACAAAGCAGUGUGUGAUAGAUGACAGAGCAGCGCGGCUAGAUAUUUUGGAUACAGCAGGACAAGAAGAGUUUGGAGCCAUGAGAGAACAAUGUAUGAGGGCUGGCGAGGGCUCCCUGUUGGUCUUUUCAGUCACAGAUAGAGGCAGUUUUGAAGAAAUCUAUAAGUUUCAAAGACAAAUUCUCAGAGUAAAGGAUCGCGAUGAGUUUCCAAUGAUUUUAAUUGGUAAUAAAGCAGAUCUGGAUCAUCAAAGACAGGUAACACAGGAAGAAGGACAACAGUGCACAUACAUGGAGGCAUCAGCAAAGAUUAGGAUGAAUGUAGAUCAAGCUUUCCAUGAACUUGUCCGGGUUAUCAGGAAAUUUCAAGAGCAGGAAUGUCCUCCUUCACCAGAACAGACACGGAAAGAAAAAGACAAGAAAGGCUGCCAUUGUGUCAUUUUCUAGAAUCCUUUCAAUUUUAGCUACCAACUGCCAGGAAAAGCCCUCAUCUCCUCUUCCUCUCCUCAGUUUACAUCUUAUUUGGUACCUUUCUAGCCUUAGACAAAUGAUCACCAUGUUAGCCUUAGACCAAGAAGCUGGCUAGUCAGUCCUUUCCGUGAAGCUAAUACAAUGGUCAUUUCCAGACAAAUUUAAAGGAAACACUAAGGCUGCUUCAAAGAUUAUCUGAUUCCUUUAAAAUACGUGUCUAUAUACACAGACAUGCUCUUUUUUUAAGUGCUUACAUUUUAAUAGAGAUGAAUCAGUUUUGGAAUCUAAGCUGUUUGCCAAGCCGAAGCCACAGGUUGCGAAAUAAUUUUUAACUUUUGGAAUCAUACUGCCUACAGUUACUCUAAAUAGAAGUAUAGGGAUUUUUUUUUAAUGUGAAUUUUUGCCUAUCUUUAUAAAUUUCAAUGUCAGCCUUUGUUAACCUUAAAUACACUGAAUUGAAUCUACAAAAGUGAAACAUCUCAGACCUUUACUGAUACUACAGCUUUUGUUUUCUGGUGGCCAAAAUACCAAAAUGCCUAUUGUAUUUAUGGAUUAAAAACUGCUCAUAAAA